AUGUUAAUGCAAGACGUAAAUGGUCAAACAGCUGAUGGUCAGGAGCGAAGAAACACCAUGUCAAAGGUAAGAAGAAUCGUCGAGAAAUUUUUCGUCACCAUCUUCCCUCCUGUCUAUGCUUGCGUAAUCAACGCUGACUGCCCAAGAGGAUACAACUUCAAGGCUAAUUAUUCGGCAUGCGUUCGUGACGCAUUUCUUAAGGUAGAACCGUUUAGCGACAUUCCGGUUCGAGUUGGAUUGCAGCUGGAGUUGGCAUCGAACCAAAUUCGGGGAAGUUUCUUCGUGAUGGACAUGUUAUGGGAGACCCUGAAAAAUCUCUCGCGUGCCAAAGCCGAGGAGUUCCUGCCAGGCCUUAACCAGGAGACGUGCCUCAGGCAAAUGUUUCGUUACUACUCGUGCUCGGUGUGUCUGAGCGGCAUCAACGAGCGCAUGACGGCGACCUUGCCAUGCAGGCGAACGUGUCAGACUCUGCUCGACUCCUGUCUGCAUACCUGGAUCCAUCAGCUGGAGCCAACUUGGUUCGACGAAUGCGGUCCGAUCCAAACCAACGAACCAACCGCCAUCGGUUGGGAGAAGAAAACGUCAACACCGGUGUACGAAGUGGAGAGCUACAAAGUGAACAUUCGCUCAGUUAAAGGCCAGAAGGUUCUGAUCGCUUUGCAGGCAUUCGCCCAGAACUUGUCAUAUGUUUUCUCUGACUGGUUCAGCCGCAUCCCUGAAAAGAUAUGCUCUAGCAGGUUGAACGCUCUUCCGGAUAAUUCGAACUGCGUCUCUGAGCGGUGA